UGUACAUACACUAUACAUACAUACAAUGUAAUAAAAAGAUAUCUUUCUGUAAACAAUCUAUGCUUUGUUUACAAGAAGACUAUUUUUUAGUCAUAUUUUUUAUGUUUUAUGAAAUUUAUCACUGUUCAUUAUCUUCACCUUUCAUUUAAAACGUCGAGGGCCUGUUGUUUGACGCAUGCUACAUAUACAUGUAAAUUACAUUAAUAACUCCUGGGACACACGUAUGCCUGUAAUAAAGUCAUUUAGUACUGCAUUGCUCACUGCAAGGGAUACUAAUAUACAUAUGUAUGUAUAAAGUAUAUAUGUUGUGAUAUAUUCAUUUCUGAGAUACUUUUAAGUAUUACAGUAGAUACAUCUAUCAUAUACAAAUUGAUAAUUAGCCAUCCCUUUUUAAAAAUAUUGAUCUCCACAAAUUCUAAACCCUCUGAGAUUUUUUUUUUUUUUUUUUUUUUUUUUUUUUUUUACUUUUCAGAUGUUUCAGUUCGUGCACGAGGUCCACACUAAUCGCCAGAACGUUAUAUCACAGCGCUGCAGUCGAUUUCGCGGGAAUUACACCACACAAUCAUUCCUCGCUAAAUUAAAUUAUAACAUUGGAUUUUACGAUCCCUUCAGGUUUUUGUAUUGUCGAAUACAGAAAGUGGGAUCUACUUUCUUACGGAGAACAAUGAAAAAGCUGUUUGGUGGGGUGGAUUAUCAAGCUUUUCAGGGAGGAAGAAUGAUUCUUAAUCGAUCGAAGGAUUUCAUAGAUUGUCUACCAAAGACGUCCAAAUUUAUGUUUGUUCGUGAGCCAUAUGGCAGGGCACUCUCGGGAUACGUGGAUAAGUUGUUCGCGCCUAAUCCCGUUUAUUGGAAGUCUAUUGGACGCCAUGUUGUGCACGAGAUAAGAGGAUUAAACGCUAGUGAUUUAUCACGGAAAUGUGGUCAUGACGUCACGUUUCCGGAAUUUCUGAAAUAUUUGGUAGUCUCGCAGAAAAAGUCAGAACAUCGUGAUAGACAUUUUUAUCCGAUGUACGAGCACUGUUUCCCGUGUGAUAUCAAAUAUGACUUUAUAGGGAAACUGGAGACGUUCCAAGAUGACGUAUCAACUCUGCUGAACUCCUUUAACUCGACAUUUUCUGUCGAAAUGUCGUUUAACGACUUCGAAUUGGAGUCUGAUUUAACUACUGCUAAGAAUCACGUGGGACUUCUCUACCACUUUAAGAAGAGAACGACGGAAUGUGAGCCAUUUCACAGGUCCCUGCUUCGUUUGUGGCGAGAUCUUCAGAUUAGAGGAGUACUUCCGAUAGAUGUCCAAAUGCCGUUUAGUCCACAGCAGGCUAAGACCGUGUUACAAUCGGAAGUGGUCAGUGAAAUCAACAAGACGAUACACACUACUCAGAAUAGAAAACUAUUAAAGAAACAGAGACAAGAGGCAAAAAUAGAAGCGUUUAGUUUAAUAUCCAAAACUAUGUUGAAAGAGUACAGACACCUUUUCCGUUUGGAUUUCGAACUAUUUGACUAUCCAUCGAAUCCACCUUUUAUUGUGCAUCGGAAUGCGUCUUCUACUAAACAACUGAAAUACUUCAAUAUCCUCGACAGUACUUUAAUAUUAGAUUAACUUUAA